AUGUCCGACCACGAAGAGCCCGUGAAGGCGCUCUCCGGAAAGGAUGACCGUCCCAUCCACGUCAGCGAGUCUUUCAAGUCCGACUCAGGCAGCGACUCAGACGUUUCCGCGUUGUUCAGUGCGGAGGACGGUGACCCCGUGUACUUGGCCAAGUCCAAGGUGUUGUCACGUGCCAUCGACCAGAUUGGGUUUGGUCGCUACCAGUACGGGUUACUAGUGGUGGCCGGUUUCGGGUGGUUGGCCGACAACGCGUGGCCCAUUGUGACCUCGUUGGUGUUGGCUCGGUUGGUCGAGGUCGAUGGUGUCCAUUACCCGCCCAAAAGAGCCCCUUACCUCACGUUAGCCCAAAACUUGGGUCUCUUGGCCGGUGCUGCCUUCUGGUCGUUGUCGUCUGACAUUAUUGGCCGUAGAUGGGCCUUCAACUUCACGUUCUUGAUUACAGGUAUUUUUGGGGUGGUGGCUGGCGCGUCCCCCAACUUUGGCGCCAUGGGCACGUUCUGUGCCUUGUGGAGUUUUGGUGUGGGAGGCAACUUGCCAGUGGACUCUGCUAUUUUCUUGGAGGCCUUGCCAUCCACCCACCAGUGGAUUUUGACUGCCAUGUCGUCGUGGUGGGCCUUGGGCCAGAUUCUCGCCAACUUGUUGUCGUGGGCGCUUAUCAGUAACUUCUCGUGUGAUGAUUCUGCUACCACCGUGUGCCGCAAGGACGACAACAAGGGCUGGCGUUACUUCAUGUACACUAUGGGAGGGUUGACCUUGGUGAUGUUCCUCCUUCGUUUUGCCUUCAGAGUGUUUGAGUCGCCCAAGUUCUACUUGGCGCGUGGUGACGAUGAAAGAGCAUUGCAGUCACUCAACAAAAUCGCAGCCAUCAACCGCAAACCACCUCCAAUCACCAUCGAGGACUUGCAGCGCGUGGACGAGAUUUAUGGACGUGACGAGGUCAAGCCUGUCAAGUCCAAGAACUCGUUGUUCGCCAACAACCAGUUGCUCAAGGAAAAGAUCAGAAAGUUCGAUCUCUCACACAUCCGCCAGUGUUUCGCCAACCGUAGAUUGGCGUUCUCGUCCUCGUUGAUUAUCUUCAUGUGGGGCUUGAUUGGUCUUGCUUUCCCCUUGUACAACGCCUUCUUACCUUACUACCUUGAAAACAAGAGUAAUGGUAACGCCAACAAGCCGUUGAGUGUCAGAGAAACCUACAGAAACUCGUUGAUUGUGUCUGUGAUCGGUAUUCCUGGUGCGCUUUUGGCAGCCGUGUUGGUGGAAUUGAGAAUCGGAAGAAAGGGAACGUUGUUUGGCUCGUGCAUCUUGACAGGAGUGUUCCUUUUUGCAUCCACCACCGCAAAGACGUCCAACGCAUACCUUGGAUGGAACUGUGCGUUCUCGUUCUGCUCCAACAUCAUGUACGGGGUGUUGUACGCCUACACCCCCGAGAUCUUCUACGCCAAAAUUAGAGGAACCGGAGUCGGUCUUGCUGCGUCUUUCAACAGAAUUUUUGGUGUUUUUGCACCCAUCAUUGCCAUUUUUGCCGAUCUUACCACUUCUGCGCCCAUCUUCGUUUCGGGGGCGUUGUUCCUCGUGUCAGGGUUUUUGGCAUUGCUCUUGCCGUAUGAACCCAGAGGAAAGUCCAGUUUAUAG